UUAAAGAUGCUGCCGCUGGGUUCAGACGCGGGUCCGAUGCUCGGCUGUCCUGUGGUGUGGAGACCCUGGGAUCUUUCAGCAGGAGAGACGCAAUUAAAUAAAGUGGUUUCUGGAGGUUUGAGUCGGGUCCAGACUUCUGAAGAUGUUUUCCAUCAUCCUGUGAGGCUGUUUCUGCCCAGAUCCAGGACGCUGGAGUAUCUGUCUCAUCUGGGCCGGACGGUUUUGGCCAGUUUCCCCGUUCAGGCCACACUGCACUUUUACAACGAUGAAGACUCCAGCUCUGAGGAGGAUGAAGCAGACACUCAUUAACCUCAUCAGAGCCACACGUCUAUAACAUGAACUCACUAGUGAGCUGAGAGCGAAGCAGAACACUGUUUAGGAAGCGCUGCGGAUCCACAGGAACGAGACGAGCAGAAAUACUGCACCACCAAACACCUCUGAUCUGAGGAAGAGCCUUCGUCUGGGAACGGCCUUAAAGAGACAGUUCACCCAAAACUGACGUUUACUCUUCCUCAGGAUGUUCCAGACAUGUAUGAGCUUCUUCUGUUGAACAUACAAGAUAUUCCGAAGAAUGUCUGUAGCCAAACAGGUGAUGGUACCCAUUGACUUCCAUUGUAUUGUCUUACUAUGGGAAGUCAAUGGGGACCAACGGCUGUUUGGUUAUCGAUGUGCUUCAAAAUAUCUUUUUUAUGUAUAAGAAACCCAUGCAAGUUUAGAACAACUUGAACGUGAGUGAAUGAUGAUGAUUUCAAUGUUUGGGUG